UUCGUUCCUGCUUCCCUAUUUUCCACUCAAGUAAGCAAGUUACGUGUCUCUCAUUAAACCGCUCGUUCACUUCCGCGCAGCUCGCCGGUUCCUCUCCGCUUGCGUCCGAGUUCCGGCCGUCCCCGUGUGGCCACUUCCCCGACGAGGCGUCGACGUCCCCGUCUCUGCGCACAUCUUUGGAAUUCUUUCUCCGCAGAUUCCUCUGCACCCUUCCGUGUCCAGGCUAUAUCUGCGCUCUGGAUUGAUCUCCUCGCUAAGACAUCCAGGUUAUGUUCCCAAUAUAUACCUAUGAAAUUUUUACCAGUAUGAAAUUCUUCUGGUGUCAAUGGGAACAAAACCUGUAGGCGGACAUCUUGAUUAUGUUACUGGUGGAAUACCCCCAGUUCCUCCUGGUUUUCCAUCUCUAAAGUUUGUAGGGGUGCUUGCUGAUGAUGCUACUGAUGGAAUACCUCCAGUUCCUCCUGGAUUUUCUCCCCUAGAAUCUGUAGAAACACAUGUCGAUGGUGCUGUUGAUGGAAUACCUUCUAAUCCUCCUAGUUUUUCAUCGCUUACAUCAUUCACCUUAAAAAGGGCACAGGAUGACAGGGUGGUUACUCCAGAUACUUCUUACAAGGGAAGGUGCAGUAUACUGGAUGAGAAGCAUAGGAGUUUGUUUCAUCAUAGACCCUGGUUAAAUUACAAUGAGUUUAAUAAUCGUUCAGAUCAAGAGUUGGGCCACAAGUUGUUUGAGCAGGAUUUGCUUUCAACAACAUGCCUGCCUAAAGGGGUUAUUCGAGGAUGUAGCAUAUGUAAAACAUGUCAAGAGGUCACAGCAAGAUGGCGUCCAAAAGAAGCAUGUGAGCUUGUCCUUGAUGAAGCUCCGGUAUAUUAUCCUAGUGAAGAGGAAUUUAAAGACUCCCUGGAUUAUAUUGCAAAGAUACGUCCAAUUGCUGAAAAAUAUGGAAUUUGUCGAAUUGUUCCACCAUCGUCUUGGAGACGACCUUGUCUUCUCAAGAGGAAGAAUCUGUGGUUAAAUUCAAAAUUUUCUCCUUGCAUCCAACAUGUGGACAAACUUCAAAAUCAUCAUUCAUCAAAAAUCAAAGGCAACCAUGGUAUUAUGAGUACAAAAAGGCAAAAAUUUCAGAAAAUAACUGAUAGCAUUAGUGAGAUUAUGCUAGAAAAUAAUCAACUUAGAGAUGGCAACAAUUGUAACAAGUUUGGCUUUGAACCUGGGCCUGAUUUCACUCUAGAAUCAUUUCAGAAAUAUGCAGAUGAUUUCAAAGAGCAAUACUUUCAAAAGGUCAUAGAAUUAGAUUUAACAAGUGAUAAACCGGGACCACUAGUACAGGAUAUUGAAGGUGAAUAUUGGCGGAUCGUAGAGAGACCAACUGAGGGGAUUGAGGUGCUCUAUGGUGCUGAUUUGGACACAAGUGUUUUCGGCAGUGGCUUCCCUGAAGCAUCAACCUCUUCGCAAUAUGUUAAAGUUCAGGACCAAUAUGUGAAUUCUGGUUGGAACUUAAACAAUUUGGCCCGUCUUCCUGGUUCUGUCCUCUCCUUAGAAAGCAAAAAUGUUCCUGGUAUUAUUGUACCAUUGAUAGAUGUAGGAAUGUGUUUUUCCUCGUUCUGUUGGCAUGUUGAAGGCCAUCAUCUAUACUCGCUUAAGUACUUGCAUCUCGGUGCCCCCAAAAUUUGGUACGGAGUCCCUGCAAAAGAUGCUUCCAAGUUGGAAGAUGCUAUGAAGAAGCAUCUGCCAUAUCCAUUGGAUGAAAAACUUGACUUGCUUCACAGUCGUGUGACCAAUUUAUCACCCUCACUCUUAAGAUUGGAAGGUGUACCUAUUUACCGGUGUGUUCAGAAUCCAGGAGAGUUUGUUCUCACUUUUCCUAGAGCUUAUCACUCUGGUUUCAGUUGCGGCUUCAAUUGUGCAGAAGCCGUAAAUGUGGCUCCUCUUGAUUGGUUACCCUAUGGUCAGAAUGCCGUAGAACUUUACCGUGACCAGAGACAACGUUUAUCCAUAUCUCAUGACAAGCUGCUGUUAGCAGCUGCAAGGGAAGCUGUUAGAGCCCAGUGGAAUGUAUUAUUUUUAGGUGAAACCAAUUCUGAAAAUACAGGAUGGAAAAACUUUUCUGCUUUUGAUGGAGUCCUUACAAAGUCGCUCGAGGCACGCAUUGAGAUGGAACGCAGAAGAAGAGAAUAUCUUUGCUCCUCUAGAUCGCAGAAAAUGGAUACCAACUUCAAUGCUGAGGGAACAAGAGAAUGCUUUAUGUGCCACUAUGAUUUGCAUCUUUCUGCAGCAUUUUGUUUAUGUUCACCAGACCGGUUUGCUUGCCUGUUCCAUGCAAAGAACUUAUGCUCAUGCUCUUGGAGUAUGAAGAGAUUUUUGUUCCUCUAUGAGAUCAGCGAAUUGAAUGUCCUAUUGGAUGCUUUGAGAGGGAAGUCGAGUGCAAUUCAUCGAUGGGGUGUCUUUGACAUGAAGCUAAGUGUGAGUUCUUUGGUCUCUGAAAUGAAAAAACAAAAGCUUAUAAUUAUGACGGAUGAAGAAGGAAGAGGGAAGGAUCAUGAAGAAGCACAUUCUACUCUUCAACCUAGUUCCACAAGAAGUAUCUGAUUGUGUUGCUUAUCUUGCAAGAAAAAAAUGCUAAUGUCACUGCUAGCGGAAAAGGGUAUCCAUGUCUUGUUCAGCGUUUGCAUAAUUGGGCAUCUGCAGUAUCGACAUCUACAUCUCAUUUAAAAGGAGGCGUGGGAAUUGGAACUGGUGUUCUGUAGUUCAAGUCAUAGGAUGGAAGGGGUAGAAAAUGGGGGGUGGUUCCUCUAGUCCGCAAAGGCUAGACCAAUUCAUGAUCUAGCCUUUGCAUUGAUGGGGGCAAUGGGCCUCCAUCUAUUAACAGGUGGAGGUCAUUGUCUCUCACCAAUCCCCUUAUCCCGGUUCAGGAGUGGACCAGGACAAGGGGACCAGAGGAUCCGGUCUCUAGAAAAUGUAGUAGUUACUUUCUCCAAUUCAGCUUGUUGUACUCAUCUUCUCCCCCAUAUCCUCGCAAGUUCUUAAUAUGUCGAUUAUAUAUAGCCCACAACAACUUCACAUAGCACUUUGCUUCUAACUUGUUGAUGUUUGACAUUGCUAGUUUGAUUGAUCUACUUAGCACUAUAGUUUAACCA